AUGGGUUGUGUGUGGUGGGGGGGGGGGUGUAUUGGGUAUGGGGUUGGGUUUGAGUGGGUUGGGGUUUGUGUUUGUUGUUGGGGGGGUGUAGGUGUGGAUGGGUUGUUGGGGUUUGGUAUUUUGGGGGGUAGUUGUUGUUGGGUUUUGUGUGGAAUGUGGGUUGUGGGGGGGUGUGGGGGGUGUUGGGUUGUGUGUGUGGGGGGUGUGAGAGGUGGGUGGGGUUGGGGGGUAGUGGGUGGUGGUUGGGGUGGGUGGGGGGGGUGGGGGUUGGGGGUGGGGGUGUUGGGUGUUUGUGUUUUGGUUGGUGGUUUGUUUAUGUUGGGGUGGGGGGGGUUGUGUGUAGGUGGGGGGGGGGUGUGGUGGGGUGUUGUGGGUUGUUGGGUGUUGGGUGGGGGGGGGGGGGGGGGGGGUUGGGUUUUGAGUUGGUGUGUGUUGUGUGGUUUUGUUGUAUGGUGUGGUUUGAGGGUGGGGGGGGGGUUUGUGGGGGGGGGGGGGUGUAGGGUUUUAGGUUUGAUAUUGGGUUGGUGGGUUUUGGGUGUUGGGGGGGGGUGGGUGUAUUGUUGA